GUGCCGUCUUGCAUACCGGAUCUUCCGGAUGAGCACAGCAGCUCACUUAGUCAUUCUCGUCUUUUGACUAAUACGACAUAUUCUCUAGUCGCAACGCGACAUUCGCAUGCUAGUCUCUGGAAAAACCUGGGAAUAAGAUGCGGAUCAAAAAUCAUGCCCGUCGCUCAAAGUUUCAUGAUGCAGGACAAACGCACAGGGUCCAACCCGUUUUUCCCGGAUGUGCACAGCACCAAGCGGUAAGAGAGGUUUUCACCACCUAGUUAGUCCCACGCCGGUUCAUUAGGCCCAAAAACCAUCCGACGUCAUGACAGGCGAUCCCUCCAUCCCAGGUUACAAGUAAUCUAUUUUACCACGAGAGACUUUUUUCACACAAGCCGAGGAACAAAUGGCUAGUGGCUGCCAUAGCGAGACCACGUUCCCGCCGCUAGGGCCGCCGACGCAGGCAUGCCGCGUUGAUCGGUUGACGGGGCGGCCAACAUACUUCAGCCGUCCGAUGUCCGGAGAGCUGAAAAGGCUGACGACGUCCUGUCACCUUCCUUCCGUCCCAUCUCACCUCAUCUCAUCUUAUCUCAGUUUGCAGUUACAUACGUCAGAUAACAUACUGCUAUCAAAUACCUAUUCAUCUCCAAGUCAGAGACCACUAUCUCACCCGAUUGAACGAGACCAGUUAUUAAGAAAGCGCAAAUCAAUACGGGUACAGUGGCCGAAUAGUUUAAGCUACACACACGUCCGCUGCGAAAGCAACCUCAUAAUGUCAUCCACAACCACCAUCCUCACAUCCUCACAACAAACAAUGACAUCGCCACAUCACCCAUCCCCGCAAAGCUGUCAUCCCUUCAUGACACUCCCCCUCGAACUCCGCCUUCUCAUCUGGGAAACCUUCAGCUCGGAACCCCGCGUUUUCGAAUACCGUGUAGACACCCACCUCAUCAAGCCGCCCCGCGAGUACCGCCACCCCCGUGCCGCGGCCCUCAUCACAAACGCAGAAUCACGAAAGGCAACCCGCGCGCUCCUCAGGCCCUUCCCGCACCCGUACGACGUUCAAAAGGAUUCCCGCCCGUCGCCGCCGGAACUGGAGUUCGUGCCCUCAUCAGAUAUCGUCUACCUCCCACCGCUCGUCUACCGCACGCGGCUCGGUGCGUGGGAUUCACUCUGGACUACGAAACCGGGGAUCGAGAAUGUAGGGAUUCACUGGUCUGUUCUGCUCGACGAGCGGCGUAUCGCGGAGGCGUUGCGGGCUUGUUCGCGGUGUUUCACUGAUAUGAGGAGGUUGUUUGUCUUUAUCGAGUUUAAGCCGCUUCCGCAGCCAGAGGAGGAGGUUGGUAACGGUGGGAUUGUGAGGUUAUUGGGUCCUGCGGAGGAUGAGUACCGCUUGCCGAGUCUAUAUGCCGAGGCGCAUGGGUUGAUGGAUGAGUUCUGGACGUGGGGGGAGCUGAGUACGGCGCUUCAGAAGGUUAGGAGGGGCUUGAAGUGGGCGCCUGAGAUUGAGGGGGUGUUGUACACCAGGGAGAUGGAGGAGGCAUCUGCGUUCUGAGAUGUUAUGGGAUGGGUAUGUUCGAUCGCUUUCUCUCAUCUGAGCUUUUUGAUGGUCGUUUUGAUCAGGAAACCGGGCUGAUUCGGGGUCAUGCUCUGUCAGAGGAUAUCAUAAUUGUGAUGAGGUUUCAUUAGGAAUUAAGCUCGACGUGCGGCGCCAUGAUCGGGCGGAGGGUCUCACGGCAUUUUAGCGGGUUUUGGGGUGUUUUGAUGACUGGUCUGAUACAGAACUGCCACUAUUCAAUGAGAUACCAAGGCAUUUUGAGCAUAUUCGGAGACUUUUCCUUGUGUGCGUUUGUGUAGAAGAGAAUAAUCAAGU